GGCAGAAUGAGUCGCGCAACGAUACUCCUCUCGCUAGUGAGUCUGGUGACGGUCGUGGUCACCGGUUACCAGGUGAAACCGGCCAACUACGCCAAACUGCUCGAGCAGCAGGAGAAAUUCGACGCGGCUUUCGAGAAGGAGUUCUACGUGGAGCACACACAGUAUGUGGAGACGGGCGUGAUGUCCGAGCGGUUGGAGGAAAUGUUUGAGCACAUUCGCCAGCAGCCGGACAUGUUCCGGAAGGAGAUGGAUGACCAUCCGCUGCCCUACCUUACGGUGGAGUGUACCGCUUGCCGAGCAUUGAUCACGACCUACUUGACCUAUCGGCGCGUUCUUGGCUGGAGCACGGCACAGAUCGCCGACCAGGCAACCUCGACGUGUUCGACGCUGGGAAUUCUUACGCCCAACAACUGCCGUCUGCUGGUGCUCAAGAACAUCGACAUUCUGCUGUACAUCAUCGACAACCGACCAUCCUUGUCGGCGCAAACCAUAUGUGGCAUUAUUUUCCAGUCCGGUACCUGUGUCCUGCAGGAUCCGGCGUUCCUCGACUGGACGAUCAAUGUGUCGGGUGGUGGCCGUCCGAUCACUGGCUCGGUGACUUCACCAAACCGGGCUGCCGGUGACCUCAAGAUCAUCCACAUUACGGAUGUUCAUUACGAUCCGCACUACCGUACCGGUUACAAUGCGGUUUGCGGUGAGCCCUGCUGUUGCCGUGAAGGACAAGGCAUUCCGGCGGAUCCGGCGAACGGAGCUGGCGAGUGGGGAGACUACCGAGACUGCGAUUCUCCGUGGAAGGCGGUUGAGGAUGCGGUACGUGCCGCGGCUCGGCAGCAUCCCGAUGCGGCCUACAUCUACUACACUGGUGACAUCAUCGACCACGGAGUGUGGGAGACGACGGUGGCCGGUAACAUCGUCUCGAUGACCCGUACCUACCAGCUGUUCCGGGAUGUUUUCGGCACCAAGCCGGUAUACCCGGUGCUCGGUAACCACGAGAACAACCCGACGAACGUGUUCGCCCCGAGCUACAUCGAUCGGGAGGACUUCUCGGCUAGUUGGCUGUACGACUUUUCUGCCAACCAGUGGGCAACCUGGCUGCCAGCGGCCACUCAGCAAACCAUCCGCCAGGGCGGCUACUACACGGCUCUUGUUCGACCCGGAUUCCGUAUCAUCGGCAUGAACAACAACGAUGCGUACACCUUCAACUGGUGGAUUCUGUACGACCCGGCGUACCUUCAGGCGCAACUCCAGUGGCUCCACGAUACGCUCCUGCAGGCCGAAGCGGCCGGAGAGAAGGUGCACAUCCUGGCGCACAUUCCCAUCGGUGCGGGAACCAGCUAUCGCACCUGGGCCCACCAGUAUCGUCGCAUCCUGGAUCGCUUCUUUGACGUCAUCGUGGCGCACUUCCACGGACACACGCACGCCGACGAGUUCAACGUGUUCUACUCGCUCUCCAACCCACAGGCUGCGAUCAGCGUAGGCUUCAAUGGCGGUGGUACCGUGCCGUUCAGCAACUACAACCCGAACUACGUCGUGUACCACGUCAACCCGCAAACCUACCAAGUGACGGACUUCGAGUCGUGGUACUUCAGCCUCUCCGAGGCCAACCAGAACCCGAACCGGGCUCCCAUCUGGAUGGAGCUGUACUCCUUCAGCCGGGACUUCCAGCUGGCGAACGUGAGCCCGGCCUCGCUCGAUGGUCUGGUGCGCCGUUUCGCCUCCAACCCGACCGACCUGCGACGCUACUGGGAGCUGAAGGUGAAGCGUGGUGACCCAUUCCUGGCCGCCGGUUGCGACGGAGACUGCCUUCUCGGACACCUCUGCCAGAUUGUCACCAACGAAGCGAACGAUAACAGCAAGUGUAACGCGCUGGCCGCCAUCUUCCGCAACCUGGAUGACGAACUGUUCCGGGAGGGCGAGGAGGAGGACGACUACAAGAAAUGA